GAGGGAGAAGGAGAAGCACGCAAGAAGUUGCUAUGGCUGGACGUGAUAUCAGCAAGGGUUUUUCUGGUUGUGCGGAAGUGUGAUUGUAGUGGUGAAUGAUCUAAAUGUUUGCAGAAGUUUAUUUCAUUUUGGUUUCAAUGUAUACAACAUAUAAAAAACUGUGAACUCCAAUCUGUGGGACGUGUAAAAUGUCUGAAAAACGAACUAUGAGAAAAGCUGACUUGAAGAUUGUUAUGAUAGGAAAUUCCUCGGUUGGAAAGACUUGCUUGGUACUGAGAUACAUUGAUCGACAGUUUCAAGAAACAAUUUGUUCGAUUGGUGCAUCUUUUGUAUUGAAGCCAUGGGGACAUUACAAUAUUGCUAUAUGGGAUACAGCAGGUGGGGAGAGGUACACAGGUCUAAGCACGUUUUAUUAUCGUAAUGCAGCUGCAGCGGUUUUAGCUUUUGAUCUUACAGAUCAUCAAUCCUUUGAAAGUCUUAGCCAAGUAUACCUCCCAAUAUUGAAUAACUCAAGUUCAGCCAAAUUAAAAGUUGUAGUUGGAACUAAGCGAGAUUUGAUAAGGAGCAACAGACGACAGGUAACUGAGGAGGAGGGCGUUGAGCUGGCAAAGAAAUUAAACCCUCAGAUAGACCCAGGAAAUGGAGUGAUACCUUAUUUUGAAACAUCAAGCAAAAAUGGUUUAAAUGUUGAUGAAAUGUUCGAGUACAUAUUUCAAUAUUUCUAUCCCAAUGGUGGAACUGAACCUAGGCCACUCUCCGGUGAAGAUCGAAAUAUUUUACUCACUAACAAUAACGCGUCAACAAAAAAGAAUUCAUACUCUUGCUGCUAACAUUCCUUUAAUGCCCUUUAUUUAUUUUGCCUGAAUUGAAAUAAUCUAGGGUGAUGCAUCAUGGAUGGAGAGGGCGUGGCUAAACUGAACAAGAUUGAGUGGAACAAUGUUACCUGCUAAUUUUAAUUCCAUUAAAUGAACCUAUUUAAAUCAAAGAGUCAUAGGAAGAUCAUAUGAUAAUAUAUAUUACUGUGUAAAACCAAAACUUUGUAAAUGUCAACAUUCGCUGGUGAAUGUUGGCAUUCAUGCAGCAAAGACAUUGGCAGAAGCCCUAUUAUUUCCACUGAAUCACCAGUGAAUAUUGAUAUUCUCUCAUUUUGGUCUUUCACACUACAAUCUUAUGAUCUAGUUCCGAUUAUACCAAUACAAGAAAAAGCUAUUCUCCAUCACCCAUGAUGAAAUGAGGAUUUUGUGAUAACUUUUUAGCUUCGUACGUUUGAAUGACUUUUCAAGAAGUGCUUUUCAUAAGAUCAACUUAUUAUAUUGGAUUCAUUUUUAAAUAUGACUGAAUUUUUAUCUUUAUGAAAGUGGUGCUACCUGACAAAUAUUUUUUUAAUAAUAAUGAUAUUGUACCGGAUUUUACUUAUGUUGUUUCCUUGAAGGAAGAAAAAAACAUCAAUUUGUUGAUGUAGAGCGUCAUAUCGUGUACAGAGAAAAACUUGCUUUGCUACUUUUUCUGCAUGAGCAUUUCAUGUAGUGUUGUGAAAGAUUCCUUAUUCUAUGUACAGCAUGUGGUUCUAUUUGCUUUCUGCCAAUUUAUUUGAAUUGAGGUCCUAAAACGAAAGUGUAGGCUAUCUUUGAUAUGACAUGAAAAAAGGAAUCGGGUUCGAAUUCCCCUUCCAGAAUCUUUUCCAAACUGAAGUUUCAAAAUGGCAGUUUAAAGACGAUCUUUGGUGAUAUUAGGAGGCCUUCCCCUGAGUAUUUUUUGAAAUUUAAGUCUUACAGAUGCUAUUCUAGAUAUCUCAGGUAGUGUUAAGGAAAGGAAUGGGUCUGGUGACUUUCCUCUGGCAAUUUUAGACAUCCUCGGGCAGUGAUGAUAGAUUUAGUAGGUUUUGAAACAUUCCCCCAGAAUUAUUACAUAAUUGAAGAUCCUUGGCUAAAUCUUUAAAUUUUAGUUUGUUUUAAACAAAAAUGAUGUGGCAGCCCCCCCCCCCCAAGCAGGUGUAAAUCAAAUAUGUAGUAAAGAGGUAAAGUGAAAAACAAUUGUCUGGUCUUUGAAAAAUUUCUGGAUUCGACCUUACUAGGCCUUCCUAGGAAUAGGAAAAAUUUGAAUUAAAUUCCAAUGUUUGCUUGUUUUAUAGGAAAAAAGAUGCCAAUUAAUUGAUGCCCUUUGUUUUCCAAUUUUAGUCUUUGUAAUUUUAAAAGUCUGGAGGCGACUUUGUUUGUUCUUUUUGAUAUAAUACAUAGCAGGCAACAAUAUUAUCUUUGAUGGUUUACGCCAUUUAACUUUUCAAUCGUUCAAUAAUGUUGUAUAAGUAACACAUAGCAUCAACUUUUAGUUCUUGAUUAGUGAUAUUUUGUAGUUUUUUUACUUAUUUUGAAAUUCUGUUAAAUUCUUUAUUUUUACUUGUUGAAAUCUGAAUUUUCUAUUACAAAUAUUAUUAUUAUUAUUUUUGCUAUUAUUAUUUUUUGGGUUGAAGUAAAAAUACUUUGAAAUGUUGAAUCCACAAUUAUAACCAAUUCUCAUCAGCUUUUACCGCCCACUUCAAUGUUUUACAUAAAAUUUGAAAUUUUAUAACAUGGAAUUUGAAGAAAGCUCUAUAACAUAGUAAUGAUAUGCAUGAGCUUAUAUCUAAAAUAUUAUAUUAAAGAAAAUGGUAUUUUUUUAAUAAACUGUGUAUAUUUCCAAACUGUGAAACGAUGGCUCAAUUAGGAAGCUUUACUAAGAAGAUUUUGUACAGCAUUUUUCAUUUUUAAAACACUGUUUUGAUGUCUUUUUUUUUUGUAAAUAACAAUAAUUUUAGUUGCAGUUGAAUCCUUAUUAAGUAUAAUCUACCCUAAAUAUUUCAUUAUUUCUAUUGGCACUUUAUAAUUAUUAGACUACACUAGUAAUCUCCAAGCUGUUAAAUGUUGUAGGUUAUUUGUAUUUUAAAAAUAAUGUCUUCAAAUGGCUCUGUAGAAGUUAAGAACUGAUUUAAAUUAUUUUAAAUUAUAAUCGCUUUAUCCAUGCAUUUUAAAAUUUUCAAUGCAUUGUUUGUGAAUUAAUAAAUCAAUAUUAUUUCAACCACUUACAAUACUUUUCUCAUUUAGAACUGUGAUAAUCUCUGCAAGUAAAUUUUCAAGCUGACUUGUAUACUUUCAAUAUUAUACUUUUAUAUACACAUCUUGACUGUUAUACUUUUUCAUUCAAAAACUCUAGUGAUUCAUGUAGCGUUGUUUUAAUAAAUCUAUGUUUAACAA